CCUCCCUCCUGGUGCCACCAUGCCACAGGCCCUGAAGCUGGCCGGUCGGGCCUCCCUGCUCGCCCGCUGCCUGCCCGAGCUGGUCCAGGCCCCGGCCCAGGUGACUGAGGCACCCAAGACCUUAGCCCAGGUGAUCGAGGCACCCAAGACCUUAGCCCAGAUGCCGGGUCCGGGCGCGCUGAGCUUCUUCUAUGACCUGUUUUGCAGGGGGGGGCUGUCCCGGCUGCACGAGCUGCAGAUGGAAGGGAAAGCCAAGUACGGGCCGGUAUGGAAAGCCAGCUUCGGGCCCAUCCUCACGGUGCACGUGGCCGACCCCGGGCUGAUCGAGCAGGUUCUGCGGCAGGAGGGGAAGCACCCGGUGCGCUCGGACCUCUCCUCCUGGAAGGACUACCGGGAGAGCCGGGGCCACGCGUACGGGCUGCUCACAGCGGAAGGCGAGGAGUGGCAGAAGACCCGCAGCAUCCUGGCCAAGCAUAUGCUAAAGCCCAAGGAGGUGGAGUCAUAUGCUGGGGCCUUGAACGGUGUUGUGGGUGACCUCAUCCGCCGCCUGGAGCUCCGGCGCCAGCGUCAUGAGCGCCACGUGGUCACCGACGUGGCCGGCGAGUUCUACAAGUUCGGCCUCGAAGGCAUCUCCUCAGUCCUCUUCGAUUCCCGCAUCGGGUGCCUGGAGGCCGAGGUGCCCGAGGAGACCGAGACCUUCAUCCGCUCCAUCAACACCAUGUUCGUCAUGACACUCCUCACCAUGGCCAUGCCUAAGGCCCUGCAUCGCCUCUUUCCCAAGCCCUGGAAGACCUUCUGCGAGGCCUGGGACUACAUGUUUGCCUUCGCCAAGAAACACAUUGACCGGCGCCUGGCAGAGGUGGCAGCACAGGUCGCCCGAGGGGAGCCGGUGGAAGGCAAGUUCCUCACCUACUACCUGGCCAAGGAGCAGCUGUCCAUGAAAGCCAUCUACGGCAAUGUCACCGAGCUGCUGCUGGCUGGCGUCGACACGAUCUCCAGCACGCUGUCCUGGAGCCUGUACGAGCUGGCGCGGCACCCCGGGGUUCAGGCUGCAGUCCACGCUGAGAUCACCGCCGCGGUGCAGGGUGGUGCCAUCCCAUCGGCCUCGGACGUGGCCCGGAUGCCUUUGCUAAAGGCCGUGGUGAAGGAGGCGCUGAGGCUGUACCCAGUGAUCCCAGGCAAUGCUCGUGUCAUCCCAGACCGGGACAUCCAUGUGGGCGAGUACAUCAUUCAGAAGAAGACCCUGAUCACGUUGUGCCACUAUGCCACGUCACGGGACGAGCGGUUCUUCCCUGAGCCCAACACCUUCCGGCCCGAGCGCUGGCUGCAGCGGGAUGCAGCCCACCACCCUUAUGCCUCCCUGCCCUUCGGCUUCGGCAAGCGCAGCUGCGUGGGGCGGCGCAUCGCUGAGCUCGAGGUGCACUUGGCUCUGGCUCGGAUCCUCACGCACUUCGAUGUCCGGCCAGAGCCGGCCGACUGCCCGGUAAAGCCCAUGACUCGCACCCUGCUGGUGCCUGAGAAGGACAUCAACCUGCAGUUCCUGAGCCGCUGAUGGAGCCUGUCUGAGAGAGGCCAAGGACAGGGGUGCUUGUGGGUGGCAAUCGGAGCAGGGGAAGGACCCAUAGACCUGCUUUUUCCAAGUGACACCCCCCAGAUUGGAACGCCUCCACGUCCUCUGAGACUGACGGACAUCCUCAGAAGCAAAGGUCCCCCAAGGAGCCAGUCCUGGAGGGCGCCGAGCCCAGCCCAGCCCCCUCCCUCUGCCAGUUCAAAUCCCUGUCCAGCCACAAAGAUCCACCAGUGAGGAAAGCCGCGACAAUCAGCAACUCGGGGCCAAUUCCCCAGGAGGUAUCAAUCAGGGGAGGCCAGACAGCCGUUUGCAAGAGGCACAUAUGUGUCUAAACACGCAGGGUCGUUAAUGCCAAACGAUGCUAUUGAAAGCACCGGGCCAUUAUUUAUUAUUUUUAUAGCCUGUAUUUAUCAACGCGCCCUGGGCAGAAGCUGGAACCUGAGAGCCUGAAUCUCUGCAACUCGGGCCUGUCAGCCCGGCGCUGCCAUGGGUGCUUUGCUAUUUAAACACUGUAUUUAUUAUUGUCUGCAUAAUAAAUGUUUUUUUUUAA